AUGAACGCAUUGACGCAAAGCAUUAGUCCAAUACAUUCGACGCUUGGUCGUUUGCAGGACCUCGAUUCAGGCGCGUCUUCAUCCACCUCGACAAGAGCCACGGUUGGUGCGGCCUCAACCUCAACAGCGGCCGCACUGAUUCUCUCUGUCAGCGGGGGUGACAAUCGGACGAGCGCCAGUACAACGCUCGUCGUCGGCACGGCCACCGUCGGGGACACACAGCACACGAACGACUUCCUGUCCACCUCCCUAUCCUCACCGGUAGCCUCCUCGGUGGCCGCCAAUUAUCUACUCCACCAGCACCACCUUCACCAGCAGCAGCAGCAGCAGCAUCAGCUCGAACACCACCAUCCGCUGCAUUCGCAGCAGCACAAUCUGGACAACCGUGGCGCAUCGGCAGUGGCAGUGACAAGUGUCGCGGGUGCUACCACCGGUAGUAACAGUGCCGUCCCGAACGGUUCGGGUGCGGGUAAGCCGCACCAGCGCAAUGGUAGCAGCAGCAGCAGUAGCAAUCCGGCCAUUCCAUCCUCACCGGAACCGGCGGGUUCGCUCGCAAACGCAUCGCUAGCGCAUGUGAAUCCAUUCCACACGAACAAUGCCUCGUCCACGGCCCUCACAAAUGAUUUUUAUCCGGACUAUCGGAUCAGUUCCGGGUAUCGGCUCAAUUCGCACCACCAUCACCAUCACCAUCAUCACCACCAUCCGCACCAUCAUGGGCCACAUCCACGGGACCUGACCGCAUCACCGCCCGCCAUUACCGGCCAUCUCCCGUGGACACCGGCGGCAGCAGCGGCCGGUACCUUCAUACAGGAAAGUUGUGAUAGUUACAGCUUGCGCCACGAACACGGGACAAAAGCCAUACGGAAUGAACGGUCGGCAUUUUUCGAUUUCGCGACUACUCCCGCCACCGCACAUCCGGCUGCUGCUGCCGCCGCCUACUGCUACCGGCUGUCUACACCUCCCCAACUAGUCAAGCGCGAACCGAACGACGUGUCGGCAGCCGCUGCCUGGCAUUCCUACUCGGAGCGUAUGUUUUCCGACCCGCUGUACACGUCGCUCAAGCUACAGUCACAGCAAUCUUCACCGCCACAGCUGGUACCGCAGCAUUCGAUCUUUCCCGACUCCACGUCCCAUCUGGCAUCGGCAGCAGUGGCGGCGGCCGCAUCCCUCGAACAUCACCAACACUCGCUGACCAUUGGGACGCACGGUGUACAGCAGGGUUCGGGCGAUGGUUCACACGCGACCGAUCCGUUCCUGCACCAGCCCUCGAUUGGAGGUGGUUACCCGUACCGUCAACCGGCGGACAUUGUGACGUCGAGUGAAACCGACUACUGUGCCGGUGCCGGUGGAACGGCCGCUUCCAUCGCUAGCAUUACCACGACAACGAAUCCUUCCCCGUUGAGUGCGCUGCAGCAAAAUGGUUCCAAUGGAGCGCUCCACCAGCGCCGAGGAUCGCUACAGCUAUGGCAGUUCUUGGUGGCCCUGCUCGAUGAACCUUCGUCCAGUGCCGGGUGCAUUGCCUGGACGGGUCGUGGGAUGGAAUUCAAGCUGGUCGAACCGGAGGAAGUUGCCCGCCGGUGGGGCAUACAGAAGAACCGACCCGCCAUGAACUAUGAUAAGCUUUCGCGAAGUCUUCGCUACUACUACGAGAAGGGUAUCAUGCAGAAGGUGGCCGGCGAGCGGUACGUGUACAAGUUCGUGUGCGAUCCAGAGGCACUGUUCAACAUGGCGUACGGGACUUCCGGUGCGCAGGCAAACCAAUCCUGUAACGGUGGUGGCACCGGAAUGGAUGGUGGAUUGCCACACGGUGCCCAUCAUGGUGGCCCGAAUGGGACGUCCUCGUCUUCGCCCAACUGUCACAACGCGGGUCCAACCGGUGGUGGACAGCUCGUUGGAAGCGAUGUAACCGAUGACGUCGAUCGGAAUCCUUACUUCAACGGGAGCUCAACGGUGGUGUAUAACCAAAGUGGUUGA